CGUCCCGAUGUCAGUAUACGUAGGACAAGGCGGGUGGUGUAUUUGAGUGUCACUAUCUGACUCUCUACACGUGUAGACUGGGCUUGACUUGUGAUCUACCAACAGAUGCAUAGGCGUUCUUUAGCCCUUUCUCAUUCGCACCUUUCAUCGGCGAGUUCCCUAGCGCACUACAAGUCCAUCUCGUGUCUCACCAGCCUUUAGGCGCCGGCCUCGCAUAACAAACAGUAUUGAAAGAUCGAAAGAAAAACUCACCAUUGACCAUGAGUUCCCGAGAAGAGCUCCCCUCGUUGCUCCUUCUCCCUCCACCCCCAGCGCCGGCUUCGCGGGCUUCACUCAGUGCAGCGUACCAACCUUCAUUACAAGCCGCUCUGGCGAAAACCAGAGAUGAGGCCCGCCCAGCUACGUUAUUCAUUGCGGUGGUAAGCCCGGUAUUGAGCGGGGCCGGUCCGCGGAACAAGAAUCUUUCUUGGUUCCAUGCUCAGAGCCUCUUAGCUGGGCUUUAUAGUCUCAUUGCGGCUCUAUGCGCAGACGCUGGCAUCCCCUGCGAAAUGGGAGGCGGACCCGGGUCCGUGGACGCGCGCAUCAUCCUCGUCGAUGACCAUGAGCCGGAGGCAGGACACGGGGAGGCCGAGAACAAGACACAGGGACUCGUUGCUGUGGGCAACAACACCGCCGUGGUCGAUUUGGCGACAUUCGCCUGCGCCUACCAACCAUGGAACUUGAUAUUCUACCCCGAAGGAGAGGCGGCCUACCGAGUCCGGGCUUCGUUUCUCAAGUGCGCCGAGGGGCGGCAGACCAUGCUACGGAGCCAACUCGUCGCGGUUGCGAGCGGCCUGACCAUGAACGACAAGGCGACGGGCACACCGGCAGCCACGAAUACCGACAAUGCGUCGGCUCAGGGAAAUCAGGGAACGCCGCAGAGCUACGAGACGGUGUGUCUCGGGGGCACGUUCGACUACCUGCACCCGGGUCACAAGCUGCUGCUCACUGCGGGGACGCUCCUCCUGCGGAUCCCGGAGCAUGGGGCGACGAGGAGGAGCAGCCGCUUCAUUGUGGGGAUCACGGGGGACGCGCUGCUCAAGAACAAGAAAUUCGCCGAGUACGUCCAGGCAUGGGACGAGCGGGCAUCGGCGGUGGUGGACUUCGUCUCCUCGCUCCUCGAGCUCCGGGACGAAGGGUGGGGUGAGACCUGGGGCCGGACGGGACCGGUCAGGUCGGUAACGCGGAGGGAACCGGGUCGUAUGGAGGCCGAGUUCAGGGAAGGGAGGGUCAAGUUGGAGUGCGUGGAGAUCCAGGACGCGUUCGGGCCCACGAUUACGGACGAGCGCGUCGAGUCGCUGGUGGUCUCGGGGGAGACGAGGGCCGGAGGACAGGCGGUCAAUGACAGGAGGAAAGGUCUCGGCUGGAAGGAGCUGGAAGUGUACGAGGUUGACGUGCUGGAUGCGCAGGAGGCUUUUGACGAGGUCGAACCCCGGAAUCGGCAGGACUAUUCGUCCAAGAUUAGCAGCACGGCGCUGCGACAACGAAGGGCCGAUACCGCCGCGGCCAAGGGAUAACUAGGCUGACUGUUGGCGGGAUGGUGACAGUUUCAGCCAGCGAAUUUCAACGGGUAUAAUAUCUUGAAUUCACUGACAAGUCCAUAUUCUAGGCGAGGUAUCGUAUCCAUGAGUCUGGGCAUCAUCCCUUGAGCCAGUCAUUUGGUGGUCACUGAACUGCCGUCUUCGGCAACGAUUCAAAGCAACUUGGCAGACUGUGUUAUAUUAUAAUUAGUUAUU